CCAAUAGUCUAACGCGAAUUUACUAUUUCUCUCUUAAAUAUUAAAGCGGGGGCUUAGAUUGAUAAAACUAGAAGUGGAGAUUUAGGGUAUUAAUAUUGAAGUAGCAAUAAAGUCGACGAAAGUAAUUCUAUCGUUUUGUUUUGUAGGUAAUCAACGGUUGGUCAUCAAAAGUGAAAGGACCGACACGCCCACGGAGAUUAAUAUUAACGAUGAAGUCAAGAAGAUGGCUAAAAAAACUAAAACCACUGUAGUUAAUUUACCUAAGAUACGCUACAUCACUAUUGUGAGAGGACUGUCCAAGAGUAUUACAAAUUCUGUUAAAAUUUCCGAAAAGGGUUCACGACGUCACAAAACAAUUGAAAUCUAUAUUGGAGAGUCGUCUAAAAACCCUAAAAGGGAGAGACCUAGAAGGAUAGAGCCAGAGAUAAUAUUUAAUAAAAAGGGCGGAGAAUUACAGAAACACCGGUUUAAUCUGAGACAGAUUUUGCUAAACACUAACGCAACUCCCAUACGCUGUAGAGGCGGCAUCGGCUAUGCGUGCUGCUUUUGCACUGAACAAUUUCCAGACGCGGCGGACUUAAAAAAGCACACGAUCGAAUUCCACGACGAAAAGACCAGCCUCAACUUCAUGAAGGGCAAAGACAUGUACAAGUUUCACGUCAAGCUUGAUAUAACAGCGCUCAAAUGUAACAUUUGUAACACAGACGUAGAAACUUUAGAACAAGUCAUAGAUCACUUGAAGGACGUUCAUAAUAAAGAAAUGUUCACUGAUAUAAAGCAUCAAAUGUUGCCGUUUAAGUUUGAUACUGAAAGGCUGCAAUGUUGUAUUUGUCAUAACACUUACCACAAAUUCAAGUCUCUGCUAGAGCACAUGAAUGUUCAUUACCGGAAUCAUGUUUGCGAGGUGUGUGACGCCGGAUUCGUCAGUCGCGUGAUUCUCGCGCAGCAUGCAGAGAGCCACAAACUCGGCACUUUCAACUGCGAUUACUGUGCGAAAACCUUUGACACGUUCAGGAAGAAACGUUCUCACGAAAAGUGCAUACAUACCCAUUCCGCUACAUUAAACAAAUGCGGGUAUUGCAACGAGAAAUUCAAAGACUACCGCAAGAAGGAAAGACAUUUGACUGAAGUGCACGGAAUAACUUCGCUGACAUUGAACUGCCAAGCUUGCGACAAGACUUUUAACAACCAGAAGGAGUAUUCGAUACAUUUGCGAAGGUUGCAUUUGAUGGAUAAACGGUUCAAGUGUACAGAAUGUGACAUGUCCUUCUUUUCCUCGGCGGAGUUGAAUUGUCACACGGUAAAGCAUACGGGUGUGAGGAAGUUCGAGUGUGAAGUUUGCCACAAGGCGUAUGGACGCAUGAAGACUCUGCGUGAACAUAUGAGGAUACAUAUGGACGAUCGUCGAUUUAAAUGCGAGCAUUGUGGACAAGCGUUCGUGCAAAAGUGCAGUUGGCGGGGACAUAUGCGCUCAAAACAUGGCGAGCAAGUUUAGAUAGAUAAAUCUUUAUUGCACACAAAAACAUGAAAAGGAAACAACACAAAAGGAAGAAACAGAAAAAAAAACAAUUGUGUGCAAAGGCGGCCUUAUUGCUUAGAGCAAUCUCCACCAGGCAACCUUAUUACCUUUACAGUUUAGUUUGCGUUUAACAAUUAAUUUAUUCAUAUUGUUAUUUAAAUUCUGAAUUUUAUAAUGUUUAUUGUAUAUUAUGG